CUUCGCGCGCCACCACCAGCAGAGACCGACCGAUGAUGAUGGACCCAUUGGAGGGAUCCAUGAAUCCAGACAAUGGAAGCCAUGAGAGUUUAGACUUAUGAUGAUUUUACUAUGGGUACUCCUAUGAUUAUACAAGACGACGACGCUCUAGACAAAUAUCUACUGUACAUUCAACAAGCCGUCAGAGUUCGCGGUGUUUAAACCAAUCCAAAGCGCCAAACUGCUAGGCAUUAUGUCAUCGCUCGUCUACCUACCUACCCCACCGAGGCCAAGCCCCCAAGCCUCGGCACAGUGCAGACACAAACAACCCACAAACCCACCACCAACACCAGCCCACCGCGACCCAAGGAACCCAAGCACCACCCACCAGGAGUCAAAAUAGCCGGCCUUUCUUGGGGGCAGGCUAUACUCAGGGUUUUGUAUUCCUAUGUGUCAACGCAAGCAAGCAGGCAGAGACACCGGUCUAGAACCCAAAAGAGCGCUGGACUACGUUUGUGUUUGUGUAAGGGGGAAACCAGCAGCCCUUGGAGCGCCGAGGCAGCGCUGAUCACCUGACCCAUGCCCUUUCGAGCCAUUUAAACUAUUUAUUAGGCAAGGUGACGCUGGUGGGCUUGGCGGGGCUUGGCGGGCUUGGCCCACGUUGGGGCGGUGGUGGGGCUUACAUAAGUCAGCAGCCAGCCAAUCAGCGGCGGGCGGCGGGGGGGGGGGGGGGGCGAGAAUCCUGCGGUCCCGUGAUGAGCCCGUGAACUGGCGCUGAUAGUUGCCAAGGGGCGUCGCAGGCGUUGCUACCAAACUGACCAAUGGGCGGCGGGCAGUCACGGGGACAGGCCGGCCAGGCCAGGGGGGCGACGCGAGGGGGCGGGCAGCGUCGAGGAAGCGUCGAGGAAGCGGCGAGGGAGCGUUGAGUGAAGCGUCGAGGGCUGACGGCGUGGUGCCUGCCGUUUCUGCCCAGCCCUAUUUAUUAGGGCCUGGCCCCCCCCUUCAGAGCCCUCGUUUGCCCGAAAGAAGAAAGAGCGAGCCUUCAUUUUAUUUACUUGCAUAUCCAUUUAUAUCCAGAUCCAGCAAGAUCAAGAACAAGUACAAGAACGGAAAGAGAAGCGAAGAAGAAGAAGACAGACAGACAGUAAACAGGACUCGGACUCAGUUUGCAGCCAGCGGCGAUAUUCUUCACGUAGCUCUUCUUGUAUCCUACUACUACUACUACUACUACUACUACUACUACUACUGCUAUUGCUAUAACCUACUACUACUGCUACUGCUACUGCUACUGCUACUACUAUAACCUACUACUAUAUCUGAAUAUAUCUGAAUACUUCAUCCGAGCACACUCUAUAAGCAUAGCAUAGAGAGAGAGAAAGAGAGAGAGAGAGAGAGAGAAACGUUAUAGACUCACCCCAUCCUAUCCUAUUAUCCUACCACAACGACGUCCCCGAACUACCACCACCAACAACAACAACAACAACACAAAAGAAACCACCUAAAGGACCCCUCGCUUCAAGGCAAGCUCCCGCAGCUAUCUUUGAUGGCAUUGAACACCGUUGAAAUACCAAGUCAUCCACUUACCACCUUCUCCUCCGCCUCCUCAAUAUCGCUCCGUCGUCCACCCUUAUUACCCUUCCGCUUCCUGCUCUUGCCUGCCAAGUAACUAUCGACCAGACCGUAUCGUGUUCAGCCUGCUCCUGCUGCCUGUGGUAUACAUAUAUCUAUCUAUUAUUUAUAUAGAUAUAUAAGAAGAAGCCAUCUUACGCGCGCUCUCUGGAGCUCUUCCAAGCCCUGGCAUACGGUCUCUUUAUAUAUAUACCCCAGAAUCGAUAUUGAUAUCAAUAUCAAAAACGACAACCAUAUCAACAGCAAAUAAAUAUAUCAACGACAACGCCUCUCAAAAGAUGGCCGUCUCAACCACCUCCUCCUCCAUCCGUUGGCGUGCAAUCGUCAACCGUGACGCCACCGCCAACGACUUUGUCUAUGGUGUGCGCACUACAAAAAUCUACUGUCGCCCCCGUUGUCCUGCUAGGCUUGCCCGCCGCGCAAAUGUCGAGUUCUACGACACCCCCAAGCAGGCUGAGAAGGCCGGCUACCGCCCUUGCAAGCGCUGCAAGCCAGAGGAUCUUCGUGCCCCACCUGACCCGCAUAUCAAGCUCGCCCAGCGCGCCUGUCAGACCAUGACACUGGCGGCGCUGCGGGCAGCGAGCGGUGCUAAUACCGGCGAAGCGAGGACGAGGCCGACCCUGCAGGACCUGGCCAACGAGGCAGGGUUGACCCCGUCACAUUUCCAUCGCGUGUUUAAGAAGGUUGUGGGCAUUACGCCAGGGAGGUUUGCAAGAGAAGUUAUGGAGGGCAAGAAGAUGACUGGGUAUCUGAAGAGGUUGGAAGAAGGCAUCAGUGCUAGUGGUGGUGGGUAUGCCGGGUAUGGUGGUGGCGCUGGCACCUGUGGUGCGGGAGCGGGAGUGGAAAAGGCCGAUGCAGACGGAGAGGGUAGGUUAUCGGUAGACUUUUCAAGUAAACCUGGUGGUGCUGCUGCCAAUGGAUUGGGUCUGGAUGGGGUAGACGGCGUAUUCUCCCCCACCGUCACUACGGAUUCGCAGAAUUAUACUGCCCUCCCUCACGCUGGAUCCAUGCGCAUUGAUUGGAAUGAAUUCGAUAGGAUGUUGGGUGGCACUGGUGGUGGCGAUGCUAGGCGUAAUAGCAACAACAACCACAGUAAUAGUCAUCAACAUCAUUCCCAUGCGCUUCCACAUAAUCAUAAUAGUGGCUUUUCCAUAGCAGACCAAAAACAGCAGCAGCCGCAGUCCCCCCCGCAGACACAGGCGCAUACACAGGCGCAAACACAGCCAAAUACACAGGCACAGACAUCCACUGCCACGACAACAGCACCGCUCCACCCACACAUCCUCGACCCAUCCUCCACAAACACCGCCGGUCUCCUCCUCGACCACUAUGAACUCCCCUGGGAAUCCCCAGACUGCACCCUGAACUUCUCCUCCUCUCCCCCUCGCCACGUCUCAACUGCUGGAUAUAGCAGUGGCUCCCUCUCCCCCUACGACUAUGACCCGCUCAUAGACACAAACGCAAACACAGACUUCUACAGCAAAUUCUUCGACCACAACAACACUACCACUACCACAACCCUCAACUCAAACUGCAACAUAAACUGCAACACCAACUGCAGUAACAUCACCUGCACCAACACCACCACCACCACCAACAAACAGCAGCAACAGCAACAAGAACCGUUCCGCCAGCUCGACCUCUCCGAAGAUUCUGCCUCACUAACACCUGUCGACACACCCCCCUUCCUCGUCGACUCACUGCACACGACAGGCUUCUCAUCCGGAGCCUCAUCGGCAUCGUCGGCGCAUGCGUCGCCACUGUUGCUGUUUGAAGAUGUGGAUUGGUAUGGGAGCCCGAGCAUCUUCCAAACAUAUGCUUAAUUAAUUGCUGUUUUUUUUUCCCUACCUCUUGCUUGCAAUGAAAUUUGGGAUUUGGGAUUGGGUUUCGGCUAGGUCAACGUAGGUGUUCCGGUGCAAAAGGAAACCAAAGAAAGCAACCAAAAAAAUGACAAAUGAGAUGCGAAAAUCAUGACAAAAGGGAAAAAGUGGGAUAUGGGUAGUUACGAUGGGUGUUUUAUCAUAUUAUCAUUUCGUGGAAGUUCUGGGGUCUGCUAUUUCCUUCUCGCAUUUAUCUUUGUUCAUAUCUUUUAACUUUCUGUAGAGAUUAAUAAUGUUUUUCUUCUCUUGUUUUCUCUUCUCCUUUUUCUUUUCACUCUUUCCCCCUUUUUAACAUCAUUGAUUAUGUUUUUAUCAUUCUCAUAAUGUAUAUAUAAUAACAGCUCCUGACAGAAUUGGAGAUUGACAAGAGAAGAACAGGAAAGGAAAGGAAAAGAGAAUGAGUGAAAAGAAGAAAGAAAAAAAGAAAGGAAAAUGAUGAUGAAAAGAGAAGUAAGAGUGAUAAAUUUACUAAAGCUUGAAUUGUGAAACUUGAAGUGUCUAGAGAAGAAUAUAUAUAUAUUCUUAUAUUUUUAAGAGCAAAGAAAAGAGAUGAAAUAAAAAUAUGAAAUUGAAAGAAAUAACAUGAUA